AUUAGUAGAGACGGGGUUUCACCAUGUUGGCCAGGCUGGUCUCGAAUUCCUGACCUCGUGAUCCACCCACCACAGCCUCCCAAAGUGCUGGGAUUACAGGCAUGAGCCACCGUGCCCAGCCUAAUUUUUUGUAUUUUCAGUAGAGACAGUGUUUCGCCACGUUGGCCAGGCUUGUCUCAAACUCCUGACCUCAGGUGAUCCACCCACUUCAGCCUCCCAAAGUGCUGGGAUUAGAGGAGUGAGCCACCACGCUCAGCCAACACCUGGCUAAUUUUUGUAUUUUUAGUAGAGAUUGGGUUUCGCCAUGUUGCCCAGGCUGGUCUUGAACUCCUGACCUCAAAUUACCAUCCGCCUCGGCCUCCCAAAGUGCUGGGAUUACAGGCAUGAGCUACUGCACCCAUCCUGUUCCCCCUUUUUUUAAAGAAGGUAACAAGGUUUUUGUCCGGGUCCAUGUGCUGGACAUGUGUGCAGUGGUUAAAUAAUUUGGCCUAGGCUGUGUACCCACUGUCCUUCUUUUUUUUUUUCUUUUUUCUAGAGAGCUAUUGGAAUAGGGACCAGGCUGCUACAGGCUCAGGGCAGCUCAACUUCCAAAUCCUGUAGCUUCAGGCUUGUGGUCCUUCAUGACAUGCUGAGUCACAAUCUACUGCCCCCUCAAGCCCAAUGUCACCACAUUCUCAGAAGGAUGGUACUGUCAAUGUGAGAGGCACCUCUCCUCCCCUCAAUUUCUGGUGCAGCUGAUAACUAGAGACCUCAAAUGCUUCCCUGGGCUUUACUUUCUACUUCAACAAGUACCGAUUGCGGGCCUCUGGAGCCCAUACACUGUCCUAGACACUGGGAAACACGGAGCACUCAGGAAUACACGAUCUUGGCGGGGCGUGAUGGCUAAGGCCUGCAAUGUCGGCAUUUUGAAUGACUGAGGUGGGAGGAUGGCUUGAGCCUGGGAGGUAGAGGCUGCAGUGAGCCGUGAUCGCGCCGCUUCAGUGAGCCGUGAUCGCGCCACUGCACUCCAGCCUGGGCGACAGAGCGAGACCCUAUUUCAAAAAAUAAAUAAAUAAUUAAAAAAUUAAAAAAAAAAAAAAAACUCACGAUCUGGCCGUAAAAUGGGUUACAUCCUAGUUUGGAAAAUAGAUGUUUGCAAAGGUAAAUAAAUAUGCAAGCAUCAAAACAAUAACAACAACAGAAAUUUAAAAAAUGCAAGCAUCUACAUGUGGCACGGUCCCGCGGGCCGGGCAGCUUACUGUGGUUGAGGUCACCGGAAAGAUUGUGGAGCAGACGCAUCGCGAGUGGGUCUCGGAGGGGGGCGCAUAUGGAAAGAGGGGAAGGAGGGCUUUUUUGAUUGAAAGCGAAUACCGGAAAGAGGGCCUUUGGCACGUUCAGGGAACCUUGCCUUGCACGCAGACACAGGGUUGGGGAUCUGUUCGGAAACGCCUGAAAGAUCAGGCUCAGGAGAAGACCACCUUCUGGCCGCUUCAGUACUGCGGUCAACCAGCUGGAAAGAACCCCGCCCUCUACUUUUCAAAUUAAUCUCAGGCCGGCGCAUGCGCCUCGUGGGGCGGGCGCUGUGCUACCAUAGACAUGCAGAGCUAGAUCGUAUACCUCCUCGGAGGCGGACAUGUUGGGUCCUGGCCAAAAAGUUGGAAACACCUGGGGCCACUACCGAGGUAGGCUGCUCCUCCCAAGAAGGCGCCUUGGUGCUGAACUGGGGAAGUCUGUUGUGUAUCAAGAGACCAAUGGAGAAACAAGAGUUGAAAUAAAAGAAUCUGUUCGUGGCCAAGAUAUUUUCAUUAUACAGACAAUACCCAGAGAUGUGAAUACAGCUGUGAUGGAGUUGCUCAUCAUGGCUUAUGCACUGAAGACUGCCUGUGCCAGGAAUAUUAUUGGGGUCAUCCCCUACUUCCCCUACAGCAAGCAGAGCAAGAUGAGGAAAAGGGGUUCCAUUGUGUGCAAGCUCCUAGCAUCCAUGCUGGCGAAAGCAGGUUUAACUCACAUUAUCACUAUGGAUCUUCAUCAAAAGGAAAUACAAGGCUUUUUCAGCUUUCCCGUGGACAACCUUAGAGCCUCACCUUUCCUGCUUCAGUAUAUCCAGGAAGAAAUUCCAAAUUACAGAAAUGCAGUCAUUGUAGCUAAGUCUCCUGAUGCCGCAAAGAGGGCCCAGUCCUAUGCGGAGAGACUGCGUCUGGGUUUGGCCGUCAUCCACGGGGAAGCUCAGUGCACGGAACUGGACAUGGACGAUGGUCGUCACUCCCCGCCUAUGGUCAAAAACGCUACUGUGCACCCAGGCCUGGAGUUGCCGUUGAUGAUGGCCAAAGAGAAGCCACCGAUAACUGUAGUUGGAGAUGUUGGAGGCCGCAUUGCAAUCAUCGUGGAUGACAUUAUUGAUGAUGUGGAGAGUUUUGUUGCUGCCGCGGAGAUCCUGAAAGAGAGAGGCGCCUAUAAGAUCUAUGUCAUGGCCACCCACGGCAUCCUGUCUGCAGAGGCCCCCCGCCUGAUUGAGGAGUCCUCCGUAGACGAGGUGGUGGUGACGAAUACUGUCCCUCAUGAGGUUCAGAAGCUGCAGUGUCCCAAGAUAAAGACUGUGGAUAUCAGUUUGAUUCUUUCUGAAGCCAUUCGGAGAAUCCACAAUGGAGAGUCCAUGGCCUACCUUUUCCGAAACAUCACUGUGGAUGACUAGCUUUCACUAGGGUCUCAACCCUGGACCUCCUGAGGGAAACAUGGAAAAAGCAGUGCCAUGAGUGAUACAGUGUUUCCUUGCAAGGGAGGACUGGAAACAGCCUGGAGUUAGAUAUUCUCUUUUGCCCGGAUUCAUGGGGAGGAGGGAUUAAAAGAGUCAGGAAGAAGACAGAGCUAAUGGAUAAAUAUCAUAAAAUGGCCUUACAUCUCUGCUGUAAUCAGCCCUGUUCCUUAAAAGUUCUAGCUGCUUUCUUGAAAAUAAUCUGAAAAUCUUAUUGAUACUAAAGAGGAGUUAAAGGCACAUAAAGUCUUAACUCUAUAAUGUUCAUUUAGUUGUUUCAGCUCCAGGGAAAUGGAGGUAUUGAUGUUGAACAUGGUUAGGGAAGCUGAGCGCCUGUGGCCCUAUUACUAUCCAGUUGGCCUCUCCCAAAUCAACUUCAAGUCUUUUAUAGAGAAUCGUAUUUUUCUUUCAGAAAUUGUUAUGCCUACAGCCAUUGAAAUAUGAAGCAUUCAUGUUGUUACAUCUUCCAAGGAUGUCAGAUUAGAAAAUAGCAUCCCACCUCUGGGUAUCUGAGUGGCUCUGAAGUUGCAAAUAAAAGAAUUUGUUGUC